AUGGUCGUUAACACAGUUACAAGUCUUGAUGAAUACCGAAAACUCACUAAGAAUCAUGAACAUAUUAUAAUUCGGUUCACAGCGGAAUGGUGUGGUCCCUGCAGAAUGAUUGCUCCAGACUUUGAAUCGUUAUCCAAUGAUUAUAAAGAUAUACAUUUCAUUAGCGUUGACGUAGACAAUUCUCCGGAACUAUCUACUGAGUUUGGAGUCAAAGCCAUGCCAACGUUUGUGUCUAUCAAGAAUGGUGAAAAACAUAAUGAAUUUAGGGGAGCGGACCGUGAAAAGUUGAAACAUUUAGUGAAAUCUCUCCAAGAACUUUAG